AUGGAAUGUUGUAAGCUUCUCAUUCCAGGGCCAUUCUUGCUUCCAGUUGAAAUCAUAGAAUUGGUAUUUAGUUAUAUUCCCACUAAGAAUUUAUUGGCAUACAGCGAUAUUGCAAUUAUAAGUGAACAUGCUAUCCAUGCUUUAAACAAGGGGAGACUUGAGAUUUCGAUAGGUUCCAGGUUAUAUGCCUUUAGCGCUUAUGACUAUUGUAUUGGCGAUGAUUGGAAAAUGAAACCCAUUGGUGAUGAAACAACGGUGGAAUUACGCAGCUAUCGCAAACAAGUGGUUCGUUCUAUCCAGUUUCAAGAUAUCGACGGCCUCGAUGAUUUCGUACAGUUUAUGAGAGAUCGCCCUAAUUUACAUCCCGAGUUGGUUAUUGUAGGCUAUGAUACUAUGAUGGAGUUGUAUGAAAGGGACAUAUCUUCGAUUCGAAAUACUCAAAGGAUAAUUUUACUGAACAAGUUCACCGAAGACCGGGGGGAGUUCAUGAGAAAAGUUUCUACUAUUCAGCUUCCAAUAUAUGGUAUUCGUCCUACAGGGUCUUGGACCCACAAUGGUCACCAAGAAUACUUAGCGCCAUUUCAAUUAGGAAGGUGCCCAUACCAUCUUUCAGCACUAGACCUAACGGAAAUUGAUUCAGAUGAUUUGAUAUACCUCCCAAGAACCUUAAAAGUUUUAGGAAUUAGUUUGAAGUCAAAUCCUGCCAGUUUUAAGCCAAGUUUGCCGCAAACAUUAGAGAGUCUUUCCAUUCAGUUUCCGUAUCGUUCGGAGCUAAUCAACGAGUUUGAUAUUACUUCAUUAGCCCACUUGAAAAUCCUAGAAUGUCGAUACUUUCCAGUGGAGCACUUAGAUAUCUUGAAAGCUCCCCAAACAAUCGAGAACUUAAGCAUAGUAUCAGAAAAACUUACUUGUCUAGCAAGUAUAGAAAAGUAUACCAAACUUAAUGAACUACAUUUAAGUAUAGAAGAUGCUGACGCACGUCUAAUAUUCGAUUGCGAUUUUCCAAGCUCCAUUGAGAGGUUGCAUUUUAAGUGGGUAUGUCACAGCCUUGAACAUGAAAUUGGUUUCGUUGAGGGGCAUCUGAUCCCUACUCCGAUGCCUCCAAUUAUUCUUCCACCAAAGCUCAGAGCCUUUACACUUUUCGCCAAAUCACAAUUGUUUUGUCCAGAAGAUUAUAUUUUGCCAGAUUCAUUGAGAAUUCUCUCCUUGGAGGUUGAUAGUUUACCUUCUGGAAUUCAGCUUCCGCCAAAUUUGAUCAUUUUAGACCUAUAUUGGAGUCAGCACUUUACAGGUCCAGAACAUCUACCCAAAUCGUUAGUUUAUUUAGGUAUAUCUGCCUUACCGGAUAACAAAGAUUGUCUCAUUAACUUACCAAACUUGACUCGUCUUGAAAUGCGCUCGGACUAUAAACCUUUAACGUCAUUUGAAUGGGAGCUUCCCAACACACUUAAGACUUUAAAUUUAGCAUUUAAUAAUUUCAAGUGUAUAAAGCUAGAAAAUCCAAAUCUAAAGGUGGUUAACUUAUCUACAAAUUAUUUUGAAUGUUUGGAAAAUCUGGAUUUGAAUUUACCUGAUUCGGUUCAGGAUUUGGUAUUAAGUUAUCAAAGAUAUCUGAUUGAAGGCAACACGGCUAAAUUGCUAAUCAAAAACUGUAGAUUGCCAGUCAGCUUAAGACGUCUUGACUUAUCAUAUAAUAAUAUGGACACUCAAUCAUUAACCAAUUUGAACUUGAAGAAUCUUAGGAAUUUAACCCUGCUCAACUUAAGAGGCAAUGACAUUAGAGAGCUAGAACAAGGCACAUUUCCACCCUCCCUUAAGGUUUUGGAACUAGACGUGAAUCCCCAAUUAUGUGGCCUCAGUUCGGAGGUAUUUAACGAAUUAACCAAUCUCCAAUUUCUAUACUUAAGUGAUUGUAGCAUUAGUUGUUCCAGGCCAAUUAAAUUUCCUGUCUCUCUAAAGUACUUAUGCCUACAAAGCAACAAGCUAGAAAACUUAGACGGGUUGGUGUUCCCCAAAAAUAGUCAAAUUAAAUCGAUAGAACUCCAACGUAAUAAAUUUCCACACCCAAUAGAAGCUUUAUAUAGGUUAAGAGCGAAAUUGGGAACCAGAGUUGAUAUUAAACUCUAG